UUGCUUGCUUUAACAGCAGUAAUGUCUGGACGUGGCAAAGGGGGGAAGGGUCUGGGGAAAGGGGGCGCCAAGCGCCACCGCAAGGUUUUGCGGGAUAACAUCCAAGGUAUUACUAAGCCUGCAAUUCGUCGCCUGGCUCGUCGCGGUGGAGUUAAGCGCAUCUCCGGCCUCAUCUACGAGGAGACGCGUGGUGUCUUGAAAGUAUUCUUGGAGAACGUAAUACGGGACGCGGUCACCUACACCGAGCACGCCAAGCGCAAGACUGUCACCGCAAUGGACGUUGUCUAUGCGCUGAAGCGUCAGGGACGCACCCUUUAUGGAUUUGGUGGACUAACAGGAAUUGCCCACAAUCCAAUCAGAGUGAGUCUGUUCCUGUAUAAAUAUAAGAGCAAUGCUUCAUGUAUAGUCUUUUUAUUUUGGAAACAGGGCAUGGCGCGUACAAAGCAAACGGCUCGCAAAUCCACCGGUGGUAAGGCGCCGCGCAAGCAGCUGGCCACCAAGGCGGCCCGCAAGAGCGCGCCGGCCACGGGCGGCGUGAAGAAGCCGCACCGCUACCGGCCCGGCACGGUGGCCCUGCGCGAGAUCCGCCGCUACCAGAAGUCCACGGAGCUGCUGAUCCGCAAGCUGCCGUUCCAGCGGCUGGUGCGCGAGAUCGCGCAGGACUUCAAGACCGACCUGCGCUUCCAGAGCUCGGCCGUGAUGGCGCUGCAGGAGGCGUGCGAGGCCUACCUGGUGGGGCUCUUCGAGGACACCAAUCUGUGCGCCAUCCACGCCAAGCGUGUCACCAUCAUGCCCAAGGACAUCCAGCUUGCUCGCCGCAUCCGCGGGGAGAGGGCAAUUUUGAGGCUCAGCUCGCUAGCAACCAGCAGGAUCAUAUUAAGAAUGCUUAGGGAUAUACCAUCACUCUUAAAGUUAGCUUUAACACCAAAGAGAAAGACCUUAGCAGUUCCUGAGACCUUGGCGAAAGAAGGUUUCCAGCCGAUAAACCGGAGGCAAACGGACAAUCAACAAACUGCCAGACCCCAGUUACCUGGUGGCCUGACGCCAGCUGUGACGGAGAAUAAUGCGAAGGAAAAGGAAGGCAAGACCUCCACCACCUUGAUCCUUAUCACAUACCCCAGACUACUAGGAAAACGAGGCGGCAAAGCUCGCGCCAGGGCCAAGAUCCGCUCCUCGCGGGCCGGGCUCCAGUUCCCCGUGGGCCGAGUGUACCGCCUGCUCCGCAAGGGCAACUACGCGGAGCGGGUCGGGGCCAGCGCGCCAGUGUACCUGGCGGCGGUGCUGGAGUACCUGACGGCCGAGAUCCUGGAGCUGGCAGGCAACGCGACCCGCGACAAGACCCGCAUCAUCUCGCGCCACCUGCAGCAGCCCAUCCGCAACCACGAGCUCAACAGCCUGCUGGCCUUGGGUUUGGCAGCUUUAGGUUUGGCGGCCUUGGGCUUAGGGGCUUUAGCCUUGGCCGGACUCUUAGCGGCCUUCUUCGGUUUGGCUGCCUUCGCCUUUUUCGGGCUCUUGGCCACUUUCUUCGCCCCGGCAGCCGCCACCGGCUUCUUGGCUUUCUUCGGGGUCUUCUUAGCGGCCUUCUUUGGGGUGGCCGCGCCCGUAGCCUUCUUGGGCUUCUUAGCUCCCCCAGCAGCCUUCUUGGGCUUGGCCGCACCCACCUUCUUAGCCUUGGGUUUGGUUUCCCCAGUAGCCGCCUUCUUGUUGAGCUUGAAAGAGCCCGAGGCGCCAGUGCCCUUGGUCUGCACCAGGCCGGCGGCUGCCAGCGCCUUCUUGAGCGCAGCCAAGGAUACGCCGCUGCGCUCCUUGGAGGCGGCAACCGCCUUAGUGAUGAGCUCGGACACGGGAGGUCCGGACGCCUUGCGUUUUCCAGCAGCUGCGCCCGCUUUCUUCGCCUUCUUCUUAACAGGUGUUUUUUCUGCAGUCAUGUCUGGCAGAGGUAAGGGUGGGAAGGGGCUCGGAAAGGGAGGCGCUAAGCGCCAUCGUAAAGUCUUGCGGGAUAACAUCCAAGGCAUCACCAAACCUGCUAUCCGCCGCCUGGCCCGGCGUGGGGGUGUCAAGCGUAUUUCUGGCCUCAUCUACGAAGAAACUCGUGGGGUGCUGAAGGUGUUUCUGGAGAACGUGAUCCGGGACGCCGUCACCUAUACUGAGCACGCCAAGCGCAAGACGGUCACCGCCAUGGACGUGGUCUACGCGCUCAAGCGCCAAGGGCGUACUCUCUACGGCUUCGGCGGUUAA